CCAACAGAGGACAAAUCAGCUCCCUCCAGCGUCACUGCCACCUGAGGAUUAGCUCUGAAACACUUUCCAAAAAAGUAUUGGAUUGUUGCAGCAUGCAUCAUCUCCCUCCUUCUCUUCUCUGUCUCUCAUUCUUUUUUUUAAACUUACUCCUGGAUUUUUAGCUGCAGUGUGAACAGCACAUUGUCAGACUUGCCCCUCCUGUUCAGCCAGGCACAUCCUGCUCAGCUUCAAAGACUGACCCCCAUAAGACACUUUGCAAACUUUUUUUUUCAGUGUACUACAUUUUUCUUUCCCCCUUACCUUUACUUUAUUACAUCUUUUUCUCACCUUUCUUCUGUGUGUGGAAUCCCAUAGUCUGCAGCCAUGGAAGCCAUCAAGAAGAAAAUGCAGAUGCUAAAGCUGGACAAGGAGAAUGCCAUCGACAGAGCUGAACAGGCAGAGGCGGAGCAGAAGGCAGCUGAAGACAGAUGCAAACAGUUGGAAGAAGAACUGCAGGGCCUGCAGAAAAAGCUUAAGGGAACAGAAGAUGAGCUGGAUAAAUAUUCUGAAUCUCUAAAAGAUGCUCAAGAGAAGCUGGAACAGGCUGAGAAGAAGGCAGCUGAUGCUGAAGCAGAAGUAGCUUCUCUGAAUCGCCGUAUCCAGCUAGUAGAGGAAGAGUUAGAUAGAGCACAAGAGCGUCUUGCCACAGCACUGUUGAAACUGGAAGAGGCUGAAAAGGCAGUAGAUGAGAGCGAGAGAGGCAUAAAGGUCAUUGAGAACAGAGCCAUGAAGGAUGAAGAGAAAAUGGAAAUUCAGGAGAUGCAGCUAAAAGAGGCCAAACACAUUGCAGAAGAGGCAGACAGAAAGUAUGAGGAGGUGGCCCGUAAGCUGGUGAUCCUAGAAGGUGAACUAGAGCGAUCUGAGGAACGAGCUGAAGUAGCUGAGGCUAAAUGUGCUGAUUUAGACGAGGAAUUGAAAAAUGUGGGCAACAACCUGAAGUCUCUGGAAGCCCAGUCAGACAAGUAUUCCUUGAAAGAGGACAAAUACGAGGAAGAGAUUAAGCUUCUAUCAGACAAACUGAAGGAGGCUGAAACUCGUGCUGAAUUUGCUGAACGGUCAGUGGCCAAAUUGGAAAAGACCAUUGAUGAUCUUGAAGAUGAGCUCUUUGCUCAGAAGUCCAAAUACAGGGAGAUCUCUGACCAGAUGGGAGAUGCAUUGACAGAGCUAUCCAUGCUCUGACGUUUCUCGUGCAACAUUUCCAUUGUCUUCAUCUCCUGUUCCUCUGCAUACCCUUUUACCCUCCAAGCAAAGAUGCCAGUGUUCAUUUGUUUUGUUUAUUUGAUGAUUGUAAAGAAUUGUCAAGUUUUAAAUCAUGUUUACAAAUGGCACAUUGGUAGGAGUUUAUAAGAAUUACAUGAAUGAAAAUGUAGGUGAUAAUUCUUGAUUCUCUUCCCCAUGCCCCAAAAACAAUGUCCCUAUGGAAUCCAUUGUCUUGACUUGGUAAGAGAAAUUGCAUCUGCGUUUCCUUGGUUUAUUUAUCUUGUGUAUUGUAGAAAUGCUAAUUCUUCCACUAAAAGACUCCUGGUUGUUUUUCUCAAAAAAAAAAAAAAAAGACAAUGCAGCUAAAGAAUUUCAUUAGAUUGUUGAAGUGUUUAGCUGCCAUUUUCUAAUGUCAAAUAUUUUUAUUUUUGUUUUGCCAAGUAAAAAAAAUAUUCUGCCUUUCAUGUUUCAGUGUUCUGUAGAGUUACAGUAGCUAAAAGCUUGGAAAUGCUUUGAAGCACUGGUAAAGUCCAGUGACCUUGAACUAGUAUGUCUACCUUAGCUUUAAUGAGGUACAGGUGUUGUGACCUUGCUGUCAGUUAUAUCAUUAAACAAUAAGAAGAACCAGUAUCCUCCGGUUUGUUAGCUUGACACAUAUUGCUAGCAGGCUUCAUAAUUAUGCUCCUUGUCAGUUUCUAGGUAAAUCAGAAGUACACAUAUUUCCCUCCUAAUAAAGCAGCAUUUUUUUAAUCUUGCAUCACUCCCUGUUGUCAGAACACCAGGCUGUCAGUAUGCAUUCAAGACAGAAAAAGACCCUUUCAAAAUAAAACCCUACACAUGAUGAAAUUACCCAUUUUCUGUUUUUGGAUGCCAUUUGGUCUUUCUGUAUUUAUAAAACUUCAUGAUCUGUACAUGAGCUGCAAUGCCCCCCCCCCCCUAUUUCUUAGACACCAAGUACUGCUCAUUGGCAUUACAUACAAACUUCUACAUAACACUCCCCCCUAUUUUCAUUAACAUUUGACCCCUUUGGACUGUGGUUGAAAUGUGCUUAUGUUUUUGAUUCUUGACUCUCCAUUAUUGUAUUAAACAUACAAGCCUUCUUGCACAUAUUUAAACAGGUAUUGUCCCCUUCUCUUACUGAGAUUGCAUACUUAAACAGGUAUUGUCCCCCUCUUCAUACUGAGACCUGUUCAUAUAAUGCAUGUACUUUAAUCCAUUAGUUGCCCUUAACAGGUUAAACUGUUCAUCAUGCAAGUAAAUUUAACAAUGUUCUUUAGUUUGACCCUUUACAUAGAUUGUGGACACCUACCCUCUAGCCUCAUGCAUAGUUUAAAACACAUUUGUCUCAAAUACAGAGCAGCUAAGGGAUCAGAAUAUCCUGACUAGUGCUGAAAAGGUUGGUGGUCCUGUUUCUCUGUAAGUGGCUGCAUAUACUUAGCACAUUUGCAUCUAUGAUAUAGCUUCUCAGAGAGACCCAUUUUCUGUACUGCUGCCCAGACAUUUAUUUAGAAUUUGACAAUUCUCCAAUGAUUUCUGUUACCAUUUCUUUGUACUGGCCCUUCCUUUAUUCUCUACCUUUGCAUUUUUUGUGCCUUUACUCAGUCUUGUUUGGAUGCAUUUUUCAGUUUAUGCCUGCUCUCUCAUUGUUUCAGUUUCUGUUACUGACAUUUCAAAUAAAAUCCAUUAUUUUACUUUU